CUACGACGGGCGCGGGCCGGAGGGGGCGGGGGGAUGCGCCGCGGCGGCGGCGGCGCGGGCGCUGGGACUGGUGUUUGGAGGCGCCAGAGCAGCGGAUCCCAGUCUUGCUGCCGCAGCAGCGCGAGUGUCGCGCGCGGCCUGAAGACGACGUACCUUUUUGCUCCUCACCUUUUUUUUUUUUUUUUUUUUAAAUAACCGAAACCAAUGAACGCAGCCGGGACCCGAGCUCCAGAGGCCGCCGGUGCCGACGGGACCAGGCUGGAGCCCGACAGGAGCUCGCGUCUGAUGCGGCGGGGGUGGCCCGAGGAGUCGCAGGAGGCGGCCGCGCCUCGCGAAGCGGGCGAGUGGCUGGCGGCCGGGGCGCCGCCGCGCUUUCCCCCCGCUCCUUCUCCGCGUCCUCAUCCCGCCACGACGCCCGGCCCGGCCUCGGGCUGGCUGCGGCGGCGGCGGCGCUGGGCUGCGCUGCUGGUCCUCGGGCUGCUGGUGGCAGGCGCGGCGGACGGAUGCGAGCUGGUGCCCAGGCACCUCCGCGGACGGCGGGCGGCGGGCUCUGCCGCGGCGGCCGCCUCCUCUCCCGCCGCGGCGGGGGGCGACAGCCCGGCGCUCAUGACAGUUUUGGUCUUUUGUGAAGAAUGCUUCUGUGAAUAUCCUCUUAUUGUACAUCUAUAUCCCUGCAUGUCACUGAGUCCACCAUGCUUCACAGAAGAAGAUAGAUUUAGUCUGGAAGCUCUUCAAACAAUACAUAAACAAAUGGAUGAUGACAAAGAUGGUGGAAUUGAAGUAGAUGAAAGUGAUGAAUUUAUCAGAGAAGAUAUGAAAUAUAAAGAUGCUACUAAUAAACACAGCCAUCUGCACAGAGAAGACAAGCAUAUAACUGUUGAGGAUUUAUGGAAACGAUGGAAAACAUCAGAAGUUCAUAAUUGGACCCUUGAGGACACGCUUCAGUGGUUGAUAGAAUUUGUUGAACUACCCCAAUAUGAGAAGAAUUUUAGAGACAAUAAUGUCAAAGGAACAACGCUUCCCAGGAUAGCAGUGCAUGAACCUUCAUUUAUGAUCUCUCAGUUGAAAAUCAGUGAUCGGAGUCACAGACAGAAACUUCAGCUCAAGGCGCUGGAUGUGGUUUUGUUCGGACCUCUAACGCGCCCUCCUCAUAACUGGAUGAAGGAUUUUAUCCUCACAGUUUCUAUAGUAAUUGGUGUUGGCGGGUGCUGGUUUGCUUACACGCAGAAUAGGACAUCAAAAGAACAUGUUGCAAAAAUGAUGAAAGACUUAGAGAGUCUACAAACUGCAGAGCAAAGUCUCAUGGACUUACAAGAGAGGCUUGAAAAGGCACAGGAAGAAAACAGAAAUGUUGCUGUAGAAAAGCAAAAUCUAGAGCGCAAAAUGAUGGAUGAAAUCAAUUACGCAAAGGAAGAGGCUUGUCGGCUGAGAGAGCUAAGGGAGGGAGCUGAAUGUGAAUUGAGUAGACGUCAGUACGCAGAGCAGGAAUUGGAACAGGUUCGAAUGGCUCUAAAAAAGGCUGAAAAAGAAUUUGAACUCAGAAGCAGCUGGUCUGUUCCAGAUGCACUUCAAAAAUGGCUUCAGCUGACGCAUGAAGUAGAAGUACAGUACUACAAUAUUAAAAGACAGAAUGCUGAAAUGCAGUUAGCUAUUGCUAAGGAUGAGGCAGAGAAAAUUAAAAAGAAGAGAAGCACAGUCUUUGGGACUCUGCAUGUUGCACAUAGCUCCUCCCUAGAUGAGGUAGACCACAAAAUUCUGGAAGCAAAGAAAGCUCUCUCUGAGUUGACAACUUGUUUACGAGAACGACUUUUUCGCUGGCAACAGAUAGAGAAGAUCUGUGGCUUUCAGAUAGCCCAUAACUCGGGACUCCCCAGCCUCACCUCUUCCCUUUAUUCUGAUCACAGCUGGGUGGUGAUGCCCAGAGUCUCCAUUCCACCCUAUCCCAUUGCUGGAGGAGUUGAUGAUUUAGAUGAAGAUACACCCCCAAUAGUGUCACAGUUUCCCGGGACCAUGGCUAAACCUGCUGGAUCACUGGCCAGAAGCAGCAGCUUGUGUCGCUCCCGCCGCAGCAUCGUUCCGUCCUCGCCGCAGUCUCAGCGAGCUCAGCUUCCUGCACAUGCCCCGCACCCGUCACACCCCCGGCAUCCCCACCAUCCCCAGCACACACAGCACUCCUUGCCUUCCCCUGACCCAGAUAUCCUCUCAGUGUCAAGUUGUCCUGCUCUUUAUCGAAAUGAAGAGGAGGAGGAGGCCAUUUACUUCUCUGCUGAAAAGCAAUGGGAAGUGCCAGACACAGCUUCAGAAUGUGACUCCUUAAAUUCUUCCAUUGGAAGGAAACAAUCUCCUCCUUCAAGCCUUGAGAUAUACCAAACAUUGUCUCCUCGAAAAAUAUCAAGAGAUGAGCUCUCUCUGGAGGAUUCAUCCAGAGGAGAUUCGCCCAUAGCUGCAGAUAUCUCCCGGGGUUCUCCUGAUUGCGUAGGUCUGACAGAAACUAAGAGCAUGAUCUUCAGUCCUGCAAGCAAAGUGUACAAUGGCAUCUUGGAGAAAUCCUGUAGCAUGAACCAACUUUCCAGUGGCAUCCCGGUACCUAAGCCUCGCCACACAUCAUGUUCCUCAGCUGGCAACGACAGCAAAGCAGUUCAGGAAGCCCCAGGUGUUGCCAGGAUAAGCAGCAUCCCACAUGACCUUUGCCAUAAUGGAGAGAAAAGCAAAAAGCCAUCAAAAAUUAAAAGCCUUUUUAAGAAGAAAUCUAAGUGAACUGGCUGACUUGGUGGAAUUCCAUUCAAGUGGCACCUUUAAACUUUUAUCUCCCAUCCUUCACUCCUCCUUUUUUGUUUUAAUUUUAGGAAUGUAACUCCAUUGGGGCUUUCCAGAGUGGAUGCCAUAGUGGAAUGUCCUUAAGAGCAACUGUUUACUGUCUGCUUAUUUAAAUGACUAUAUAAUCAAUUUGUCAAGCCAGUUAUUACUGAAAAAUCAUUAAGAGAUGAGACAGGGCUUCCCUGGUGGCGCAGUGGUUGAGAAUCUGCCUGCUAAUGCAGGGGACACGGGUUCGAGCCCUGGUCUGGGAAGAUCCCACAUGCCACGGAGCAGCUGGGCCCGUGAGCCACAACUACUGAGCCUGCGCAUCUGGAGCCUGUGCCCCGCAACGGGAGGGGCCGCGAUAGUGAAAGGCCCGCGCACCGCGAUGAAGAGCGGUCCCCGCACCGCGAUGAAGAGUGGCCCCCACUUGCCGCAACUAGAGAAAGCCCUCGCACGAACCGAAGACCCAGCACAGCCAAAAAUAAAUAAAUAAAUAAAAAUAAAAGUAGCUAUAAAAUUUAAAAAAAAAAAAAAAAAAGAUGGACAGCAUUAAUUCUUCAUAAUAGUUUAUUAAAAACCUCUGAUUAAAAAAAAAAAAAAAAAAAAAAAAAAAAAAAAAAAAAAAGAGAUGAGACAGUUUACAGUCAUUUUUGCCUAUUUAUUUCUGCUUUGUUAUUAGUGAUGUAUAUACAACAUUUUGUUGAGAGCCACUAUGGACUUACAAGCUUUAAUGGACUAGUAAGCCAGCAUGGGCUUGCAAAAAUUUCUUGUUUACCAGAGCAUCUUCUUAUCUUUCCACAGAGCUAUUUACAUCCUGGACUAAAAUAACUUAAAAGGAGUAAAACUAAUUGCACUACUGUUUCUCAGACUGGAAAAAUAUCUCUGCAAGUGAAACUGUAUAGAGUUUAUAAAAUGACUAUGGAUAGGGGACUGUUUUCACUUUUAGAUCAAAAUGGGUUUUUAAGUAGAACCUAGGGUUUCUAAUUAACUUGAUUUCUGGAAAUGAAAACCCACGCUUUUAUUAUGGGAAGCUUCUUUAAAUGCAUUUAACAUUAUAAAGUUUCAAGUCCUGCUGUAAAGACCAUGUUGUUUUGUUUUUCCCAGGGCUUUCACUGUGAUUUUCUGCAUUGCAGGCUGUAUGAUAAAAUAUAAAUAAUUUAAAGAGAGAAGGCUCUUGAUUCCUUACACAAAGUGGAAGAGUUAAAACUUGAUUGAAGGACUUACAACAUUCACAAGCAUAUACUAAACUGGGGGGAUGUGGGGAUUCAGGCACUUGUUUACAGACUCAAUAACUGCAAAGGAUUUAUGGUUUGUGAAAAACUUGUACUGUGGAAAAGAUAAUAAAUCGAAGACAUUAUUGUG